UAUAUAUCAUACCUGUAAUCUUCAUAGACAUUCAUAAAUAUUAGUAUCACGAACUGAGAUUUGCUAGAUAUUUUAGUUGCUGAUUAGUAAGCUAUUUAUGCAAAAAUAAGUGGGUCUCCUCUUUGAGUGUGAAAAGUUGCUGCCCAUUAUUCACAUAUCGAAAUUACCGAAACGAGACGUUUGGCGAACCAUUCAAUUUCUACCGACUGGAAUCGUUUUUGCGUAACGGUGAGUACUAAACAUACCAGUUGUAGGUAUGCCGUGCUCGUGAUAGUUAUAUUUACCUAUUAACUUUGACACAAUAAAUCGAUCCGAGCGGAAUCUUUUUGCUAAAAUGGGUUCCAAAAUCGAAUAUGUGGAUUCGUCGCAGCUGUAUGCUACAAACUACGUUCGUAACGCCAAAGCGGUAGGCGUACUCUGGGGAAUUUUCACUGUUUGCUAUGCAAUAAUCGUCGCGGUGGCUUUCAUCACUCCAGAAUGGAUUGGCGAUACGACGACAUCCGAAAACCCUGCACGUUUCGGCCUAUGGAACAGCUGUUAUUUCGGAAAUGGUGUGUCCUCUGCUGUUGAAGAUUGUCAGGGAAAACUGGAUGAUCUGACCAGCAUACCGAGCACAGCCAUAAGAGUGGCGACUAUUUUCGGUGGUGUGUCUGUAAGCAUUGCCAUAGUGAUUGUGGUAAUGUUGUUGUUGUUCUUCUGCUUGCAAUCUACCACCGUAUAUCUCAUAUGCGGAUGGCUGCAUAUAUUUUCUGGUAUAUUUAUAUAAUCUGUAACAAUUAUGCCUCGUAUUGAACAUCUUGUUAACAUAAUAUUUAUUUAAUGUUUAGCUGGAUGUAUGAUCACAGCCAUUGUAGUUUUUCCAAUAGGAUGGGAUUCACCGCACAUUCAGAGGACAUGUGGUCCAGAAGCUAGAAGCUAUAAUCUCGGUGAUUGUAGUUUCCGGUGGGCAUAUUUAUUAGCGGUCAUUGCUGGUCUAGACGCAUUUAUCCUAUCAGUUUUGGCAUUUAUUCUAGCCACCAGACACAUUAAACUUCAGCCCGAACCAUUAUAUGCUUCCACUUUGCGUAAAGGUAAUUCGAUCAUAUUUCAGAAAAUAAGUUUUAUUAAAAGUUAUACAUUAUUAUUUAGGUGAAAUAAAUAGCGGUUACUUGGGUGAUAGUAGUGCGUCUAUGGCUGGGUCUAGAAAAUCAUUAAAUUUACAACCAGUCAUGUUAAUGCCACAACCAAUGAUGGACCAAGAUCGGUUUUCCGAAUUUUCCAACAGGACUGGCCGUUCCCAUAAAGGUGCUAUGUAUAGGCCAGAAUAUGCUUCAUCUAGUAUUCAUAAUUUCCAACUUUGAGUAUUUUUAGAUAAAAUUAUGGUACACCAUACUCUUUAAACUAUAAGUUAAACAAAGUAUAUUAUUUCUAUUAUUAGUUUUAAUGUAUACUAGACAAAUGGAAGUGAAAUUAUUUUCACUGGUAAGUAUGAAUACAUAUAUUUUGUAUUAUGCUCAAGGGUACCAAUGUUUUAUAAAAUGUUAUUAUUGUUUUACUGUGCAGGGUAUAUUUUUUAAACUAUAUAUUUAUUUUAUAUUUUUUUUGUUUUAUAAAAAAAUAGUCCAGUUUAUUAGUAUCAUUAAGAAUCUCAAUAUAUUCUCUUUGUACUUAUGAAAAUAAAUGUUUUGUAAAGAAUGAAAUAACUAGAAAGUCCGUCCAAUUGUGUAUUAUUUAUAUAUAUAAAUAGUAUAUUUAUUUACACUUAUUUAAUUUUUUUUUUUUUUUUUUAAU